GGACACGAUGAUCUUAGAGGUCUUUUCCAACUUGAAUGAUCCCAUGAUUCCAUGAUAGUAUUAAAGCAAACCGCUGUCUGAACGCACAGCUCCAGGGGCACAUCCCCACUUUGCAAUGGCAUUUAUUCCCUUCCCCCGUCCUUCACUCCCACAGCUGGGAGAAGGAGGCCCACUGCCCAGCCGGGAUUGCUUAUCCCUAACCCCUUCUCCAUGCACAGCGUCAUUUUUACAGCGGCACCGCAUUCCCACAACUCCGACAUCCAACAGAACGCUUCCCGCUUGAGCCCCGGCCCUUCCCGCCCGCGCCGCGCGUUCCGGGGGGACGUUUUCCGUGUCGGACCCAUGGCGGCGCGGCGGGCCCAGGGCGGGUGAUCGCGGUUCUCCGUGAGGGCAGCGGGAGGAGCAGCUCGCCAUGCCCACGGUGGUGGUGAUGGACGUGUCCCUGUCCAUGACCCGGCCCGUGGCCGUGGAGGGCUCCGAGGAGUAUCAGCGCAAGCACCUGGCGGCCCACGGGCUCACCAUGCUCUUCGAGCACAUGGCCACCAACUACAAGCUGGAGUUCACGGCCCUCGUGGUGUUCUCAUCGCUCUGGGAGCUGAUGGUGCCCUUUACGAGGGACUACAACACACUGCAGGAAGCCCUGAGUAACAUGGAUGAUUAUGACAAAACCUGCCUGGAGUCAGCACUGCUGGGGGUUUGCAACAUUGUCCAGCAGGAAUGGGGGGCAGCAAUUCCAUGUCAGGUUGUCCUUGUCACCGACGGCUGCCUGGGCAUCGGCCGCGGCUCCCUGCGCCACUCCCUGGCCACGCACAACCAGCGCAGCGACAGCAACCGCUUCCCGCUGCCCUUCCCCUUCCCGUCCAAGCUCUACGUCAUGUGCAUGGCCAACCUGGAAGAGCUUCAAAGCACAGAUUCCUUGGACUGCCUGGAAAGGCUCAUUGAUUUAAACAAUGGGGAAGGGCAGAUUUUCACCAUUGAUGGCCCCCUGUGCCUGAAGAAUGUGCAGUCAAUGUUUGGAAAGCUGAUAGACCUGGCUUAUACACCAUUCCAUGCUGUUCUCAAGUGUGGCCACUUAGCAUCUGAUGUGCAAGUAUUUCCCAGACCUGAGCCUUUCAUUAUAGAUGAGGAGAUAGACCCCAUUCCUAAAGCAAUUAAUACAGAUCUAGAAAUUGUUGGGUUUGUAGACAUAGCUGACAUUUCCAGCCCUCCUGUCUUGUCCAGACACUUGGUACUGCCCAUUGCACUUAACAGAGAAGGGGAUGAGGUGGGACCUGGGAUCACAGAUGACACCGAAGAUGAGAAUUCAGCAAAUCAGAUUGCUGGGAAAAUCCCCAACUUCUGUGUUUUAUUACAUGGCAGCCUCAAAGUGGAAGGCAUGGUGGCUGUCGUCCAGUUGGGGCCAGAGUGGUAUGGAAUGCUUUAUUCACAAGCUGAUAGCAAGAAGAAAUCAAACCUCAUGAUGUCACUCUUUGAGCCUGGUCCUGAGCCCCUGCCAUGGCUGGGGAAGAUGGCACAGCUUGGCCCCAUUUCAGAUGCAAAAGAAAAUCCUUAUGGGGAGGAUGACAACAAGAGCCCUUUCCCCUUGCAGCCCAAGAACAAGCGCAGCUACGCCCAGAAUGUCACAGUCUGGAUUAAACCAAGUGGCCUCCAGACAGAUGUACAGAAGAUCUUGAGAAAUGCAAGGAAACUCCCUGAAAAAACUCAGACCUUCUAUAAAGAGCUGAACCGUUUGCGGAAGGCAGCGCUGGCCUUCGGGUUCCUGGAGCUGCUGAAGGGCGUGGCGGACAUGCUGGAGAGGGAGUGCACCCUCCUCCCCGACACCGCCCACCCCGACGCCGCCUUCCAGCUCACCCACGCGGCACAGCAGCUCAAGGUGGCGAGCACCGGAGCCUCGGAAUACGCCGCCUACGACCACAACAUUGCCCCUCUGCAGACAGACUUUUCCAGCAGCAGCACUGAGAGGAUGUGAAGCCUCCAUUU